ACGGUAUCAGAGUCUGGGAGAACGAAGAACAUGCUCAAGACUAAGAUCAGGCAUGAGUCAUUCUCGAGCGGGACUUUGGACAUUCGUCCUGCAUCCCUUGCAUCAGACCCAAGGAAGGAAGUAGUUCUCUGGCACGUACUCUGAAAGAUCAUCUCUACCAAUGUCCAAGCAAGAUUUCUGAAGAAAUGGUUAGAUGCAUGGCCUCCAUAUACUGUCUUCUGCGCGCCGAGUCACAAGAAAAGGCUGAAAGGGCACGUUCGCCCUUCCUUUCAAGAUCAUCAACAAGUGUCAUUCUUCCCAGGAGGGGUAACGGAGAGGAAACUAAUGCAUCAAAUAACAAAAGCAUUGUCGAAGUAUGUUCAAUAUCAGUCGAAAAGAAUCAGAUGCCAGAUGUCUCCGUUGCAAUUACCCACUACAGGUUGCUUGUGGAGCAGCUUGAAAGGGUUGAUCUAAGUAUGUCGGGAACAAGUAUCAAACUGGCCUUCUGGAUCAAUGUGUACAAUUCUCUUGUCAUGCAUGCAUAUCUAGCAUACGGAAUACCAAACAGUUCUCUGAAAAGAAUGGCUAUAUUUCACAAGGCAGCCUACAAUGUUGGUGGACAUUCUGUGACCGCAAAUUCCAUCGAACACUCCUUGUUGUGCUGUAGAUCCCCGAGAAUUGGUCGUUGGUUCGAGUCCAUUCUGUCGACGGCGAUGCGGAAAAGAUGUGCCGACGAGAAGCAGCUGGUCCAGCUGAAGUUCGGGCUGCCGGACUGCCAGCCUCUGGUCCUGUUCGCCCUGUGCACGGGCGCCUCCUCCGACCCCAUGCUGAAGGUGUACACGGCGAAGAACGUGGCGGACGAGCUGGAGCGAGCGAAGCGGGAGUUCCUGCAGGCCGGCGUGGUGGUGCGGAAGUCCAGGAAGGUGUUCCUGCCGCGCCUCGUGGAGCGGUACGCCAAGGAGGCCGGCCUCCCCGUCGGCGACGGCGUCCUCGCGUGGGCGCGCGACAACGUGGACGGGCGGGCCGCGCAGGACGCCAUCCAGCGGUGCGCCGCCGGCGGCGGCGGCGGCGGCGGCCGGCGCAGGGCGUCGCAGGCCUUCGAGUGGCUCCCGUACAACGCCAGGUUCCGCUACGCCUUCGCCAGGGGCAUGGUCGACAAGCAAGCCGCCGCGGGGAUAUUUGCCUAGAUUUGUUCUCGCCGUCGUAGCUUCGGUCGACUGUCUAGUAUAUAUGGUUUUGUGAUUGAGAGAGACGAUGAUCUGAAACUAGCAAUCAAGCUCGGAUGAGAUUUGCUGGGACUGCAUUCCGGAUACCGAGUUUCGCGCAGCGGUUUCGAAGAGAACA